UUACACCGUGUCACAUGACUUCCGUCAAAAUAUAAACAAACCGCGAUUUUGUCAAUUAACUAGUAAGGCAGUAUACAGUAUCACAUUGUUUUUCCUUAAUUUAUAGGGAUCGUGGCACUCAUUGGAUCACUUUAAAAGUGCACAAUUAGCAGCACUUGUGCAUGUCACUAGAAAUUUGACGUGAACGUCCCAAGGCUACGGUGCAGGCAUCACAAGACAUGCAUAACUCAUUUUCAGGGUCGUAAUUUGUGACCAUACUUUUCACGUGACAACACACUGUUACUUAAUCAUUCAGGAGUUUUAUGAGUUCUCUAUGUUUUUGAAAAUGUGCUAAGGUUUGUCAAUUUUGGAUAUCUGAGGGGACUAAAUUUGAAGAGACAUGGAUUUUGUAUGUAUUUCGUAAUUGUUUCUGCAUGCAUGUGAACAGGUGAAUAUAAGGGCAAGAGGGCAUUAGGAUGUUAAACGCACAAUUUCUCAAAGACUGUUUUGCAUGCCAGUCAUUUUGAUAAUUUUACCAAUCUAAAUAAUUUUACCAAUCACCAAUGAAAUAUAGGCCUAGACAUAGAUACUGACAACUUGAUUUCACUGAAACGAAGGACUUGUCAACGAUCAGAACCUUCGCACCAUUAGAUUUUUAAAACUAUACUAAAAGGUGUCAUCACCAAAUCUGCCAAUGUCAGUGGAAACUAACUCCAGCAACGGGGACCUAAUUCCUGAUGUUGUUGUCAGGAAUUCUGACACGGGGGUGUAUAAAAUUGGGUGUCCGUUACAGAAUGACGAUAGCAGUCCGUACAAGAGAUUGAGUCGUUCAAUGAAAGUAGACAGCAACUCUGACUUAGAGUCAAGUCAGCAGACUGGAGAAGCCAGGGGAUUCACAAAGUCAGAAAAUGAUGUCACAGACAUUGAAGCUCAGAAAAUUCAUCAAAAUUAUUUGUUUGGAUUUAAGAAAUGGAAAAGUCAUGUUACCUCCAGACCUCUUUCUAACAGAUCAGAGAUCAUCCAGACUCUAUAUGCUGAUGUCAGUGAAGUCAAAGAAAUUACAGUAAGCACCCUUGGAUUUUGGAACAUCCUGUACGCCACUCUGUUUGGUUGGUGGGUCGCUUUGGUGUAUUUACUGGUGGGAGGCUUGAUGUUUAUUACUGUGGUUGGCAAAGACUAUGCUUUCUUCUGCUUUAGAAUGGCUGAUUAUUUCUUGUGGCCUUUUGGUAAAUUUGUGUACUUAGUAAAAGAGGACAGUCAGGCAACAUAUGCAAAGGGGAACUCCCCCAGCAGCUCUCAGUCCACAGAGACCAGUCACCUGCUGAAGGACUCUGUGGACUCAAAUACAAGCCAAAUGUAUGCUUGUGAGGGAUUCUGGGGCCGCUGUGAAUCUUAUGUAUGGCUGUUUCUUGGUCUACCGUUAUUAAUCAUUACACAUGCGAUUGUCAUGUCUGUGACUUGGCUGCUGGUGAUCAGUAUUGGAAUGGCUAAAAUCCACUGGAAAAUUGUCGGACAGAUUCUGUAUCUACCUCCAAAUGAAGUGAAGAUUGGAGAUUCCUUUGUGAUGGAUCUGGACACAAGGAGGAGGAAGAAGAAAGGGGAAAUCCUAAUGUACACACAUAAUGCUGUAAACCUGUACUACUAUAAAUACACUGUGGAUGGAAUGAACAUCAUUUUAGUCAAUCUUCUGUUUUUCGUCAUCCUUUCGCUGGCAUUAGGGUACUCGGAUCGUGAAAAUGAAUAUUACUCAGGGGUGACGAAAGUGAUUCUGGGAAUCCUGGCCAUUGUACCACUGACAUAUUAUAUAGGAAUGGCUAUUAUCAGUAUAUCCGCUCAGAGUAGCUAUGCGGUUGGUGCGGUGCUGAAUGCUACUUGUGGCACUGUGGUGGAAAUGAUACUAUCUGUGGUAGUUUUGAACAAGGGAAAUAACUCAGGCAGUGCAUGUUAUGUAGAGUUGGUCAAAUCUAACUUGGCAGGGACACUUAUUGGCAGCAUCCUUCUCAUACCAGGUCUGUGUAUGAUUGUGGGAGGGAUUAAGUUUCACUCCCAGAGAUUUAACCAUGCCUCAGCUGGAAUUUCCUCCCUGUUGCUCUUUGUGGCAGUCUCAGGUGUGUUUGCCCCCACUCUGUUUGCCAGAAUGUUUGGUGAUCUGGAGUGUUCAAAGUGUGAGAACAUCCUGUUUAACUCAACGACUCCUGGCAACUACUCUCAGAGUUACUACAUGCACUGCACCCAGUGUCAAAGUGACUUGAGUGGAUUAGAUGGAGACAUGUCUCUGUUUAAAAAACAUAUACAACCACUAGUGUAUGCCAGUGCUAUAUUGCUGCCCAUUGCUUACAUUGUGGGCAUGGUAUUCUCUCUGAAGACACAUGCUGCACAGAUCAAUGCGGACUAUAUGAGAAGUCUGGAGGAGGCAAACCAUGAAGGUCACGAACACAGUGUUCCUAUGUGGUCAAGGCUUAAAAGUCUCACCAUUUUGUUGUGUUCUGCGACAUUAAUAGCCUUCUGUGCAGAAUUAGUGUCAGACAACAUCAAGUCCUUUUUCUCAUCAUCUGGUAUCUCUGAGUAUUUUGUUGGAAUUUUAGUUAUUGCCAUGGUAACUGAGCUCCCAGAGAUUAUAAAUGGUGUACAAUUUUCUCUUGAAAAUAAUGUCAAUCUAGGAAUAGAGAUUGGGACUAACACAGCCAUACAAGUGUGUAUGAUACAGGUCCCUAUUCUGGUUCUUAUUGACCUUAUAUAUCCCUUUAACCUGGUCAUGGUAUUCAAUGAUGUUCACCUUUAUGCUGUCAUUUUUUCUGUGGUUGUUAUUAACUAUACAUUCCAGGAUGGCAAAAGUGAUUACUUUCAAGGUUCAGCUCUCUGCAUCAUCUAUAUUAUCAUUCUGUGUAUGUAUUACUUCAUGCCUAUACCAGACAAGGUGAGGUGUACAUGAGGAAUAGUGGCACAUCCACAAAGCAAAUAAUGUUAUUACAUUCCAUAUUGCUUCAAUGUUUUGAAAUUGUUUGAUUUUUAGCUCACUGGGACGACUGUCCGGAGAGCUAUUGCCAUGACGUCAAUACUCAUGCCUCACUUUAAGAAAAAAACUUUAACCAGGGCUAUAUCUUUUGAACCAAGGGGGAUAGGGUUUUGAUAUUUCACGUAUAGAUACCUCAUGAAGAUACAUUUCUUUUGGUAUCAAAACGUUUGACCUUGGACUUUUACCUAUUUUUUAAAAACUUUAACCUUGGCUAUAUGUUUUGAACUAAGGGGGAGAUAAGGCUUUGAUAUUUCACACAUAGAUGCCUAAGCAUCAGACCUUUCAUUUGGUACCUAGAGUUUGACCUAGUGAUCUUUACUAUGGGCUUUGACCAACUUCUUUAAAAAAAAAACAUAGAGAAGCCUCAUGGAGAGACCCUUCUUUUUGGUAUCAAGAGGUUUGACCUAGUGACCUUGACCUUUAACCUAUUUUUCAAAAACUUUUACUUGGGAUAUUUCUAUUGAACCAAGGGUGAUAGGGCUUUGAUAUUUUAAAUAUAGAUGCCUCAUUACAAGAUAUUUCUUUUGGUACCAGAACUGUUGACCUUGGACUUUGACCUACUUUUCAAAAACUUUAACCUUGGUUAUAUCUUUUGAACCAAGAGGGAUAUGGAUUUGAUAUUUCAUAUUCAGAUGCCUCACAAUCAGGCCUUUCAUAUAGUACAAAAAAUGACCUAGUUACCUUGGACUUUGACCUACUUUUUAAAAACUCUAACCUUUUGAACUAAAGGGGACAGGUUAAAUAAAGUCAUACUUCCCAGCAAGCUAUGUUGUCUUCUGAAAACUCUUUGUUUUGUUUUAUUACAUGUAUUUUGUUAGCAUUUUGUAAAUCACUAAACACAUUAUUUGUAUUGAUAUUUAGAUUGCAUUGUUUUCUGUGAGUUUGAAAUUUUUUAGUGGUGGAAUUACAUGACAAAAUAAAUCUUCUUUUUUUUAUAUAUAUAUACAUGUACAUGUAUUUGAAAAUUGAAUUAUGUUUUUUCUUUUGAUAUUUUCACAAUGAAUGUAUACUGCAAAUGUGUAUAUUGAUUUUUAUUAUUAUAUGUACAUUCAUACAAUCAUCAUGAGCUCUUCAUUUUCUUUCUGUUGUCGUAUAUUAUUUAGUAAGGCUUUUGGAUAUUUUGUUGCCCCCCCCCCCCCCCCCCUUCUAAGUAAAAUGUUGAUUUUUAGUACAAAGAAAAGUGACCCAUAGAAAAUUUGUUGAAGGGUGAUCAUAAUCUACAUUGGAUAUUUUGGACAUUACAAUUUUCACUUUAUUUGCAUGUUAAGAAAAACGUAAUGAAAUAGAUUGAGAGAUAUUAGAUGUAAAAAUGUCAUUAGUCAGGGAAAAUGUUUUAUUUUUCAUUUCUUUGCAUGUCUAGUUUCAAUUUCUGAUAAUACCAGUAUGAUAUUGACUGCAAUCACCAUCUUAGAAUGUUUACUUCAACAAUCACCACAUUUUACUUUUAGCUCCUCAAAUAAUCCGCAGUUAACUUAACUCUGUUAUAAGUUAAGAAUAAAGUUAAUUUCUAAUUCUUACAGAAUUAAAUAUAGUAUGUGUAUUCUCUCCAAAUUCAUGCAUUUUGUACAAUUUUCUUUUGAAUGUGCAGUUAAUUUUUUAUUAUUAGUAAAAUUACUUGAAGUGGAAAAGACAUUAUACAUCUAAUGAGUGUCUUCAAAGUGCCUUAGAUUUAGUUGACAAUAUUGAUAUUUAGAAUUAAUAUAUUUAUUGAUUUUAAUUCCUAUGGUAGAAUAGGAAAUAAAAUUCAGUGUUGAUUCUGUUUAUGCUGAAGAAUGCAAUUGGUACAAAUUAUCUUUGUGUUAAUUUGAUACAAAUUCUCUCUGUGUUAAUUUGAUACAAAUUCUCUCUGUGUUAACUUGGUGCAUAUUGCUUCUAGAACUGUUCAGAUACUGAGGUUGUUGUAUAAAGAUCUAUAUACUGAGGAAUGACCUUUAUGUACUAUUUGUUUAUACUAUUUGUUUUACUAUUCAGAUCUGUUAUUGUUUUAAGUUACCAUGCAUUUAUAGUAUUUUGAUCACAUUUUUUACAGUUGUCUGUGUUCAUGUAACGUACAUAUGUCUCCAAUGGCCAACACAUUGUUGGCUAUUUAUCUGAAAUUUAAUAUUUACAUUCAAUAUUAUGAAAUUGUGUAAAGAUUGUUAUAAAAGGUAUCUUUUUCUUUUUCUAAAUAAAAGAAUGGAAUGGAGUAAAUUGAUAGAACUUGCUCCUAAUCCUUGUAUAUAUGCAGUGGUGGAUCUAAAAGUAGUAGAAGGGAGGGUAUGGGGUUAAAUAUUUGGUAAACUAUUUUAUUUAUAUAACAGAAAAUGUCAUUUUUAGCUAUUUAGGUGUCCCCCUCUACUUUUAGGUCAGACAAGGGACAUUUGCCCCCUCCCCUCUUCUCCACUUUAAGGGCAGAAAAUGUACGCACCCCCUUGAAAAUUUUCUUGACCCGACCCGUAUAAAAGCAACAUCAUUCAUCGGCUGCAUUUAAUGUAGGUUGUAGGUUUCUACUGUUUGCAAUAUUAUAGUGCUGUUAUAUUUUUAGGUCACCUGAAUUCAUUCAGGUGACCUAUUGCUAUCUGUUUUUGUCCGUCGUCGUGCGUUAACAUUUGAACAUUUUCAGCUUCUUCUCUGAAAUCCCUGAACCAAUUUCAACCAAUUUUGGCAUAUAGCAUCUGUGGGUGAAGGGGAACAAAAAUUGUGAAAUUCGUGGUCCCUGCCCCCCUGGGGCCUGAGGGGUGGGGCAAAAACCAUCAAAAUGAGUGUAAUUUUAAAAAAUCUUCUUCUUUACUCCUGGACAUCAAGAAGCCAAACUGUGGGCAUAAUUAUAAUGAGCAUUGAGCCCUCUACCAAAAUUGUGAAAUUCAUGGCCCCUGGGGCAGGGGUUCUUGUGUUAGGGUGGGGCUCUAUUGGUCAUAUAGUGAAAAUGUAGAAAUUCUUUGAAAAUCUUCUCUGUCUCUGGGUAUUAAGUAGACAAACUAAUAGCAUGGUAAUGAUGAGCAAGGAUGCCUCUUUAUACCCCCCACAACUUGGGGGGGGUAUACUGGAAUCGAGUUGUCCGUCCGUCCGUCCGUCCGUCUGUAGACGCAAUGGUUUCCGGGCUCUAAAGCAUUAUCCUUUCCACCUACCGUCACCAUAUCAUAUAUAUGGACUACCCAUGGGAUGAAGAUGUUCCCUAUCGAUUUUGAGGUCAAAGGUCAAGCACACUGGACAUCGAAGUAGCAAUAUGGUUUCCGGGCUCUAAAGUGUUAUCCUUUCCACCUACAGUCACCAUAUCAUACAUAUGGACUACCCAUAGGAUGAAGAUGUUCCCUAUCGAUUUUAGGGUCAAAAGGUCAAAGGUCAAGUGCACUGGACAUUGAAGUAGCAAUAUGGUUUCCGGGCUCUAAAGCGUUAUCCUUUCCACCUACAGUCACCAUAUCAUAUAUAUGGACUACUAAUGGGAUGAAGAUGAUCCCUAUCGAUUUUGGGGUCAAAAGGUCAAAGGUCACGCGCACUGGACAUUGAAGUAGCAAUAUGGUUUCCGGGCUCUAAAGCGUUAUCCUUUCCACCUACAGUCACCAUAUCAUACAUAUGGACUACCCAUGGGAUGAAGAUGUUCCCUAUCGACUUUGGGGUCAAAGGUCAUGCGCACUGGACAUUGAAGUAGCAACACUCAGAAAAGAGGUAGUUUAUACCUAUUACCAACACCCUUUGGGAGAUUGGGGUAAGCAGGGGGGGGGGGGGGGGGUAUUCUUAGUGAGCAUUGCUCACAGUACCUCUUGUUAAAAAUUGUGAAAUUCAUGGCCCCUGGAUCAGGGGUUCUGGUGCUAGGGUGGGGCUCUAUAAGUCAUAUAGUGAAAAUGCAUUAUUUCUUUGAAAAUCUUCUUCUCUGUCCUUGGGUAUUAAGUAGACAAACCAAUAGCAUGAUUAUGAUGAGCAAGGAUGCCUCUUUCAAAAUUGUGAAAUUUAUGGCCCCUGGGUCAGGGGUUCUGGUAUUGGGGUGGGGCCCUAUUGAUCAUAUAGUGAAAAUGCAUUUUAUUUCUUUGAAAAUCUUCUCCUCUGCUGCUGGGUAUUAAGUAGACAAACUAAUAGUAUGAUAAUGAUGAUCAAGGAUGCUUCUUUUAAAACUGAAAUUUAUGGCCCCUGGGUCAGGGGUUCUGGUGCAAAGGCGGGGCUGACCACAUAGCUAUUCAGUGUUUCUUCCAUCCAAAAGUAAAAUUCUUAUAUUUAAACACAAACCUAAUUCAAACAUUGGAAGGUUGUUACAUGAUACUCAGGUGACCUAUAAGGCCCCUGGGCCUCUUGUUGUGAAUUACCACCAGAACUGACAUUUUAAAACUAUCACAUUUGCAUAGUGGUACUAUGUCAAAUAAUAUGAAGAAUGUUUCAAUAAAGAAAUAUUUAGAUAUUUUGGUUAUAUUUUUUAUUGUUAGAUUCAGGAAAUUUGCUCAAAAAAGUGCUGUACUUAUAGUAAGAUUAAAAUGAAUACUGUG